AGCCCUAGUUUUUAUGCUGACACACUUGUGGGUGACAAAUUCGUGACAACAGCCUCACGAUGAAACCACUGGUAGCGUUAUGUGUGAUUCUGCUGGGGGUAACUUCAAACACAGAAGCAAAAGAUCUAGUGUGCCAUAACUGCUUUGACGUCGCAUCUCCUGAAGACUGCCAACAAUUUGUAACCUGCGGAAAAGAUGAGAUGUGUUACACCAGGGAAUUCACCGACCAUAACGGGAAGCGAGCAUAUCACCUGGGCUGUGAGAGUCCAAGGAUCUGCAGUAUUUUGAAAAACGCACAAACGCUGCUCGGCAAAAGGUUGGCCAGAAGUAUGGAGUCUGAAGUCCCCUCCGUGGCAGCUUCUACCCGUGAUGCACACAGAUGUUACCACUGCUGUGGCCAGGACUUGUGCAACGUGAACGUCUGUGAUGCAAGGUGUCCGCAUGGCUUUGUGAAUUCUCCCACCAGAUGUUACCAUUUCUCUCGACACAACGUGACGUGGCACGAGGCAAGGCAGGAGUGUCAGAAGAAGGCGGCAGAUCUUGUGUCUAUAAACACUGCGGAGGAAUAUCAGUUCCUGCGAAAUAACACUCCGGCAAAAGCACCAUCCCUGUACUGGACCGGAGGAUUCUACCAGCCAAGAACCAACGUGUGGCAGUGGGUGGACGGGACUGUAGCCAACUACUUUGAGUGGUAUCCAGGGUACCCCAAGCAUGCCCCCAACGCAACAGACUACCGUUUGACAAUUUACACUGUCAAGCCAGAGAAGUUCACCUUGUUUGAAUCUGUCGAAACAAGCUACAAAUCGUUUAUAUGUGAAAAGGACCAUUCUCUAGUCUGAUUUGUCAAUAUAUAUAACAUUUCAGCAAAAAACGUUGUUUUUUUG